AUGGCGGACGACGAACAUCGCGUCAAGCGCUCUCGAUUUGACCAAACGGAACCUGAACCCCGGCGGUCCCGAUUUGACCGGCGCUCUCGCUCUCCGUCAAACCGCCUGUCGGAACCGGCACGUACUCGCAGUCCGUUGAGCCGUCCGCUGAGUCGCAGCCCUGGCGCAGACUCCCCAGCAAGGCCGUCUGAUCCUGCGGCCGCUGCAGCGGCGGCAGCAGCCAAGAUUAAUGCACAACUCCAGGCGAAAAAGGGCAUCCAACAUGUCGAUGUCCCGCCUAUCCGAUCCGGCGAUAAUGCGACAGCGAAGUCCGAGUCGCCCAAUGCCGAGGGCGCCACCAAGUUGAACGCCGAAAUCUAUGUCGCGGACGGAGACUAUAUCAAGGACAUUGAGAUCAAUGAUCUGCGCAAUCGUUAUACCCUAACGAAGGGGUCGACUCAGAAGAUGAACUUCUCGCUCACCUUUUUUCUCUCUCAAGAUGUGACAACCCGCGGCAACUAUUACCCGGAUAAAAACAUGGCAACUGCUGCUAGCCCUCCCCUUUAUCUUCAUGUGACCAGCACCAAUAAAGAGGGUCUUGAGAAAGCAGUCGCUAUGAUUAAUGAUCUCAUGCAGAAAGAACUUCCGAACCUGGUUGACGAGCGACGAUUCCGCCGCCGCGAGCCCGAACAGCAGGUUGAGCGGGAUGAAUAUGGCCGUCGCAAAUGGCCCGAUGCCCGUAUCCCCAUCGACCUGGAGCCAAUCCCCGGUUUCAACUUGCGAGCUCAGGUCGUGGGUCAGGGUGGUGCUUAUGUGAAGCACAUUCAACAGCAGACUCGGUGCCGCGUUCAGAUUAAAGGCCGUAAUUCUGGUUUCAUUGAACAAGCAACAGGCCGUGAAAGUGAUGAACCGAUGUUCCUUCAUGUGGCUGGCCCUGAUGCCGACGACGUGAACAAAGCGAAGGAGCUAUGCGAGGACCUUCUCAGCAAUGUUAAGGAGCAGUACCAACGUUUCAAAGAGAACCCACCCCAGCAUAACUAUGGUGGAUACGGCAACCGCGGUGGUGACCGUGGCGACCGCUACCAGGGCGAUCGCUACCAAGGUGGAGGUGGUGGUGGUGGAUACGGUGGCGGCUACGGUAAUCGCCAGCAUAAUAACCUAUCCCCUAGCCCUGCAGGUCAAGCCGCUGCUGCCUCUCCGGCUGCUGCCUCCCCCACGGCCGCCGCCGACUACAGCGCCCAGUACGCCCAGUACUAUGGCACUGCUGACCCGUACGCUGCCUAUGGUGGUUACCAGAACUACGUCGCUUACUACCAGUACUAUCAACAAAUGGCUGCGGCCCAGCAGCAGGCAGAUGGCACUACCCCGGCCCCUCCCCCAGCCAGCGAGGCCGCUCCUCCUCCUCCUCCACCUCCUGGCUCGGGAUCCCCACCGCCUCCCCCGCCAGGUGGUAGUGGGUACAGCGCUGUCCCUCCCCCUCCUGGUCUCUGA